AUGCCCGAAACCCAGAAAGCUCUCCUCGUUGAGAAGAAAUUUGGCGACUUCGUUGUUGGUGAGACCGAGAAGUAUAAGCCCGGGCCGGGCGAGAUCCUCAUCAAGGUCCACGCGGUAGCGUUGAAUCCAAGGGACUGGAAGAUGCGAAAGUACGGGUUCUUCAUGGAUGAGUUUCCUGCAGUGCUUGGGAUUGACAUCGCUGGAGAAGUCGAAGAGUUGGGCGUCGGAGUUACCGAACAUAAGCUAGGUGAUCGAGUGUUCUUCCAAGGCGACCUGGAAAAACACAAGAGCGGCUUCCAACAAUACGCAAUUUCUUUGGCUGUGACGGCGGCGAAGAUCCCGACAAACCUUUCCUACGACGAGGCUGCGACGCUUCCUCUCGCGCUUUCCACCGCUUACGUUGGGCUCUACACCCCAAAGCCGCACGGUGCCGGGUUCUCUCCGCCAUCUUCCCCAGCUGACGAGGGGAAAUACGCGGGCGUUCCCCUCGUUGUUUUGGGAGGGGCAAGCUCUGUGGGGCAACUCACGAUCCAAGUCGCUCGCUUGUCGGGGUUCUCGCCCAUUGUCACCACCGCUUCCCUCAAGCACACCGAAUAUUUGAAGUCCCUAGGAGCGACGCAUGUCCUCGAUCGCCACUUGUCAUCCGACGCUCUCAAGGCCGAGGUAGCCCAGGCUACUAUCGGAAAGCCUGUUGAGAUUGUGUAUGACGCGGUCUCCCUUGAGGAGACGCAGAAACUGGGCCUAGAACUGGUCGCUCCAGGAGGGCAGUUGGUUAUCGAUUUCACUCCUGCUGUGAAGUCGCAGGAUGGCAAGACCGUCAUCUUUUUUCUGGCAGGGCUCAGGAUGCCAAACAAUCUGGAACUUCUGGAGACUUUGUAUCACGAGAAGAUUGCUGGGUUCUUGGAGAGAGGGGUGAUCAAGCCCACGAGACUCGAGGUCCUCCCCAACGGACUCGCCGGGAUUGUUGACGGCUUGCGGAGGUUGGAGGCUGAUCAGAUUUCGGGAUUGAAGCUUAUUGCUCAUCCGCAAGAAACUCUUUGA